AUGGGAAAGAAUUCGGCGCGAUUAGAAUGUCGAAACCUUGCAGUAUGGCUGAAUCUGCUGCUUCUGACACUUGGAUUUUGCUACGAGAUUGUCGAGCAACUAGAGAAUGUGCCCGAUGGUUGGUCAAAAAGAAACAAGCCUCCGUCAUCAACACUCAUGCAAUUUCGGCUUGAGCUAGGGGUGCCAAACAUUAUAAGCCUAGAGAAAGAGGUCAUGGAUCUCUCGACCCCAGGUCAUCCGAAAUAUGGGCAACAUAUGAAGCGUGAGCAGGUGGAAGACCUUUUGCGCCCGUUCCCUACUGUCUCCGAGCAAGUCUUCACUUGGUUGUACUCCCAUGUUUUCAACGACUCUAUCAAACUUUACGGCAACUGGAUCAGUUUCACGGCUUCUAUAUCCCAAGCUGAGCAACUACUGAAUACACAAUUCUUCUACUAUCACCACGAUGCCAGCCAAACGACGCUCAUCAGGACUCUUGAAUACUCUUUACCCAGUGAGAUUCACCCGCAUAUCCAUCUUAUUCAGCCAACGACCAGAUUUGGAAGACUUGCUUCACAUAGCGGUCUGCCUAUUGACCAGCCAAUUGUUGCCACGCCGGAAGAUCUGACUGCGGACUGUGGCAUUGCCAUCAGACCUCACUGCCUUCGAGAAUUAUAUGGUCUCCAUAAUAAGAGAUCAAAGCCUGAUCCGCGGAAUCGGUUAGGGGUGUCAGGAUUCCUGGAUCAGUAUGCCCGCCAUGGUGAUUUCCAUCACUUCAUGCGGCGGUUCUCUCCAGACACACCAGACGCCAAUUUCGAUGUGGUUGCCAUCAACGGCGGCGUUAACCCGGAGGACUCUCCUGUUAGCAGCACGGAAGCAAGUCUGGAUAUACAGUAUUCAGCUUCCUUGGCCUACAAUGCCUUGGUAACAUUUUAUACAGUUGGAGGUCGGGCAUCUUGGGUUCCUGACUCGGAGCAGUUGAAGCCGAAUGACUCGGAAUAUGAGCCUUUUCUCGAGCAACUUCACUACCUCAUCGGUCUUCCGGAUGACAAGCUCCCAACUGUACUCUCCACGUCGUAUGGUGAGUCGGAACAGACUGUACCUGCAUCAUAUGCAAAAUCCGUCUGCAAUUUGUUCGCGCAACUCGGUGCCCGGGGUGUAUCAGUCAUUUUCAGUAGCGGAGACUCUGGCGUUGGAGACUCAUGUCUCAGUAACGAUGGAAGUGGCCGGGCAAGAUUCCAGGCAAUCUUCCCGGCUUCUUGUCCAUUUGUUACCUCAGUCGGAGGAGUUGAAGGAAUCAAGCCCGAAAGCGCCAUCGAUUUCUCUAGUGGUGGGUUCUCCGACCUGUUUUCUCGUCCAGAAUACCAGGACCGGGCAGUGGACGGUUAUCUUGAUCAACUAAACGAUCAAUGGAGCGGUCUUUUCAAUCGUCAUGGUAGAGGUAUCCCGGACGUUGCCGCCCAAGCAAAGAGCUUCAUCAUUCGAGACCACGAGACCUAUUUGAAAAUAAGCGGCACCAGCGCCUCGGGGCCUGUUUUUGCGGGCAUAGUUUCUCAAUUAAAUGCGGUUCGCCUUGCAAAUGGCAAGCCGCGGAUGGGUUUUUUAAAUCCCUGGUUAUAUGGCCUCGGCAGAUCGGGGUUUACUGAUAUUGUGGACGGUGGUUCCCGAGGAUGUAAUGGAGCCAGUGAUUCUGGUGCCAAGGGAGUAUUCAUCCAAGAUGCAAGUUGGAAUGCCACGAAAGGGUGGGACCCCGUGACAGGACUAGGGACGCCUUGGUUUCCGAAUUUAGCCCAGUUGGCUUUGUCAAGUGAUGAAUUGGCGUGGACAAAAUACGUGGUUUUCAAUAAGGAGGUGCCAUAG